AGCUGAACGUCUUAUCUUAUCUCAGUGAUCAGAUCCUCUACAAGGCAGCACGUGGUACUGACUGUACUCGAAGUCAACCGGCCUGCCACCAAGUUCGACUCGCUCAGAAACGUGUUGUGCCGCCGGCCUCGCCGUAUAGUGACCAGCAGCGGCCGCUAUAGACACUCCUUCUCGGGAGUCCGAGAAGUGAGUUACUCAGCGUGAAGGAAAGGCGCACGGGAGAUCCGAAUCUGCUCCCGCAAUGGCUGUCAGAAUUGGCGCCGGGCUUGCCCGGUUUAUUCCGAUGAUUGGUUAUCAUCAUGUGCUCAUGAUCAUCAUUGCUGUGGCGAUCAUUCUUCUCUCCUUACUACUGGCCGGAUGUUCAUCAUCGUCACCGCAAAUACCAGAUAUCUUCCUGAUAUCUUUAUACUAUGAGCGUUAUAGUCCAGUCUUCGACAAGGCGCAGGUGGACCCUGGCGUGGUAACAGCGACGGCAAAUAUUGUUGGUGGCGCCGAAAUGGAGGUCCGCGUGGGAUAUUUUGGUAUCUGCGUUCAACCGGAAGGCGGAGCCUACAUCUGCAACUCAAACGCCACGGCAUUGGCCGAGAUUGUAACCGUCGACCAAGAUCCAUUGAAUCUAAUCUGGGUGGCAUCGACAUUCAAGGACGCAGUCGUGUUCCCUUAUUUGCUUAUCGUUGCGGUCAUCCUGGCCUUUCUCUGCUUUAUCCUCCUGGCCACAUUCCCCGGCUGGCACGAAGAGAUCGAUUCCACCGGCUCAGAACGAGAGGUCAAGCCAUUUCCCUCGCGCCCCGUGUCCCAAACUGCCUUGGCGCUCAUCUUCAUCGCAUCUGUCUUUGUGCUUGUAUCGGUCCUAUGGCAGCAUACAGCAUCAGUUGCUGCCACGACAAUAGCGCAGGACAUGGGCAAUGGGAGCGUCAAGUCAGGAGUUGGAACGUCAGCCAUGGUGCUUGGCUGGUUCGGCUUCGUCCUGUUAGUGGUCGUAACGAUAGGUCUCUUGGUGAUGAUCUUGAGCAUCAAACUGCUAAAGCAGUUGACGGAUGAAGAAUAAGCGCCACAAUCCGCAGCACUCUUGCAUUUUUGAUGUUUUUACGACGCAUGUUCUAUGUUUAAUUGAUCGUCAUGUUUACACGAAAGGCACACGAAUAAUAACGACAACUGGGACUGGGAAACGUGGUAUGGAAAGGAACUACAAGAUUCAUAAAAUGGACGUCCUGUUACGUCUACAGGACGAAUUAGGCUGUCUUCCACAGGCA